UAUCCAGAGAGAAAGAAAUUUAAAAAAAAAAAUGUCAGGAAGAGGAAAAGGAGGAAAGGGUUUAGGAAAGGGAGGAGCAAAGAGGCACAGAAAGGUUCUGAGAGAUAACAUUCAAGGCAUUACUAAGCCAGCCAUCAGAAGAUUAGCAAGAAGAGGUGGUGUGAAACGUAUCAGUGGAUUGAUCUAUGAAGAAACUCGUGGUGUUCUUAAGAUCUUUCUUGAGAAUGUGAUUCGUGAUGCUGUUACUUACACUGAACAUGCUAGGAGGAAGACUGUUACUGCUAUGGAUGUGGUUUAUGCUUUGAAGCGACAGGGAAGAACUCUUUACGGUUUUGGAGGUUAGGGUUUGGAAAUUGGGGUUUUAUCUGUGAAGGUAUUAGUAUUACGGUUUCGGUAAUUUCUGGGUUUUUCAGUAGUAUGUUAAUUUAGUAAUUGAAGCUGUUAUAAGCUUUUCCUAAAUGAAUGAAAAUUUUCAGUAUCUUUUGGUCAA